CAUGAAAUGGAAGAUUCAGUGACAAAAAGGAUUCUAAAUUCKUUUUAUGUGCUUUUKAGCGUCGUAGGACAAACUGGUCAAAAUGUUAUAUUACCUUUGUGGAUUGACUCAGGUCGGCCGAGAAAGACGACUAACGCAACGAUCUCGAACAACACAGAUGAAUUUCGACCUUUUAUGGACCAAACUUUUGUUUCGACGUUUACAACAAUCUGCAUAGCAAUUCUAUAUGGUACURCGUGGGCCAUCAGAGCUCUCUGCUUCACUAAAAGCAGUGAUCAAAGGUUUAAUUUUAAACUGAUACCUUUAAAAUUGUUAGCGUUGACUAGUUCGUGUGGUACAAUCACCGACAAUUUGAUUAUGUUUUCCGCAAGUGGAAAAAGAACAGCUCCUUAUCUUCAAGCAAUAUUAACGAACAUUACUAUUCCUGCAACAUUAGUGUUAAGAUAUUGCAUUCUGAAAAAGUCUCCAACCAGGAAAAAACUUAUAUGUGCCAUAGUAACAGUUCUGUCGUUAUUCCUGUGUCUUCUGCCGUCCAUUUUACCUGGAAUUGACCGAAAAUCCAGGAACAACAAAGUGCAAGGUGGUGCUAGGGGAAUUGCUGGAAUCAUAUGGCCUUUGAUCUUUCUUGCUGCCUUUGUUUUUCAGGCUCUCACAUAUAUUGUUUCGGAGAAAUUAUUCCAAUCUACAAGGCAGGACUUGGAUGUCAUUGGACUUUUAUUCUUAAAUCACUGUAUGCUGAUAAUACUUAUGCCAGUAACAAUAUUAUUAGAUGCUCUUCCGUUCUUUGGAAAUGUUGAUAGCUUGUCCAAAGUAAUUUUGAAUUUAUCCUUUGGUGUCCGUUGUUUCUUUGGUAAAGGAGGUUGUUCGUUUUACCCUGCAGUAUAUGCUCUUCUUUUUAUUUUAUUUUCUGGUGGUUUUGUACUCGGAUCGUCGUGUCUUCUUCGCUACUCUGAUGGAGCCACUUACAUGGCAUUAGUACUGGUUUUGGCAACCCCUCUUGGAUUCUUCUUUUGGACUCUUUUUAAAGAACAACCAACCCUCCACUGGGAUCCUCAAAUGAGYGYYACCACGUGGYUGAAUAUUAUAGGACUUGUAUUCAUGGUGCCGGCCAUUUACAUCUAUAACACAAAGUCGAACGAGAAAAGAGCACAGGAAGACCAACUAGAAGUGGAGACGACUCCUUUGUUGACUUGAAUGGCUCCUUUCAAAUUGAUUCCUCUUCUGAAAAUAAUUUAUAAGAUCAUUACUGUUUUUCCAGCGUAACAGAAAAACGAUACAAUUUCAACGUUUACAUCGCAAGAAUGGCUAGUUAAAAAAUUAAUUUAAUUAAA